AUGAAGAGGUUUACUACUAUUUAAGCAUCUGUCUUGGCAUUAUUUUUAACCUAGUAAAUAUCUUGUCUCAAGUCCUCCGAUUAAAUUCAGCAAACCCCCAAAUUCUUGUCUGAUGCCAAUACGGAUAAUGAUGCAAAAAUUGAUAAGAAAUUUAGCAUACCUCUUGAGAAAUCUGUUAACAGAGCUUAAUCAAGAUCAGAGAAAAACUUUGGUUUAAGAUCUUAAGUAAAAUCAAUUCAUAGACCCAUUGAUGGGAAAGGAGCAACAGUUAACCUCACUAACAACUAUAACUUCGACUACAUCGGAACCUUUUACGUUGGCAACCCUCCAUAGCCUAUUAGAGGAUGUUUUGAUACUGGUUCAGCAAACUCAUGGAUUUUGUCCUCUGAAUGUACCACAGAUAGUUGUAAAAAUGGAAUAAACCAGUUCUUUAAUCCUGAUAAUUCACCUACGUUCAGUAAUCUUCAUUUGAGGGAUGAAAUUAUGUUUGGAUCAGGUAAGCUCUCAGGAUAUUUUGGUGAAGAUGACUUCAGACUUGGCCUUGGUGAUUAUGGAAUCACUAUUCAUAAGCAAACAAUAGGUCUCAUCAUUGAGGAAGCAAUUUUGGACAAGGACUAUGAUGCUAUUAUUGGAUUAGCAUAUCCAAAGAUGGCCUCCCACGGAAAGCCAAUAAUGGAUAGCAUGAUUGAUUAGAAACUUCUUGAUACUAAUAUGUUUGCAUUCUUCAUGUCAAUGACUACAAAUGAACAAUCAGAGUUAACUUUUGGAGGUUACGAUGAGGACAGAGUGGAUGGUGAAAUAAACUGGCAUCCAGUUGCUGAUUAGCUGUUCUGGUCUCUAAAUUUAGAGGAUAUUAAACUCAAUGGCCAAUCAUUAGGAAUUUGCUAAGACAGAAAAUGUUUAGUUACUCCUGAUUCAGGUACUUCACUUAUGACAGCCCCAAGCUGGGCCUUUGAGAAGUUAAAGAAAUUAUUACCAUAUAAGGAAGACUGCAAUGAUAAAACAUAAUUUGGAGUACUAACUUUUGUUAUCGAUGGUAAAGAAUAUGAUAUUCCAUCCCAUCACUUUAUGGAGAGAUACAUCAAUGUCUUUGAAUUUGGAGACUAAGUUUGCUCAACAUCCAUGUCCACUCUAAAUAUUGAGCAAGACGGGUAAGAAAAUCUUUUCAUAGUAGGUGACUCCUUUAUGCAAAUUUACUACUCUAUUUUUGAUCGUGAUAACGAUAGAGUUGGUCUUGUAAGAGCUAAGUAAACUCAAAGAGAGUAGCAGAUUGCUCAGAUUGAUUGGAAAGCAAUGAACGGUCAAUUCAAGCCAUAAAAUGAGCAUGAAUAGAGAUGA